AUGACCUGGAUCUCCAAAUCAAUAACGGCUUUCGGCCUCGUGCUGCUUGCGCACGCAUGCUACUCGGCGCAAGAGCACUCGGCCCUGCAGUCCUUCCGCGCCACCAGCGCCGCCAGCCUCGCCUCCUCCUCGGCCGCGGCGGCGUCGGCCACGUCGCUGCCGCUCGACAUCUCCAUCGAGGCCGUCGUCUCGCUGCUCGUCACCUGCGCUGGGCUCGUGCUCGGCGCCGAGCCCCUGCGGCCGAUCCAGUGGCGCGAGUGGGCCGGCAAGAUCGAGCGCGAGGGCGCCGAGGGGUUCCUCGACGGCCGCGGCGAGGUCAACAGGGACUACGUGGGCAACCCGUUCCGGGCGCUCGAGACGCGGCCCGGCUUCGUCGACAUCCGGCGGCAGAGGAAGGAGUUUGCCGAGUGGGGAUUCCUCGAGGACGAGGAUGAAGACCUCGAUGCCAGCCAGGAGGUGGUUAUGGCCAUUGACUUGAAAGGCAGUGUUGGUUGUGCCUACUAUGUUGCGAGUGAGGAGACGUUGUAUUUGCAAGAGGACAUACCUUUGGCGGGUUUGGAGCUCGUAGAGACUUUGUUGUUGCACGCACAGCCAACAACUGUCAUUGUCUCGGGACGUGCCAACGAUGUUCUGGUCGAAUACCUUGAGAGGAACUCGCAAGAUCUUGCCGACGGACCGCGAAGCAAUGACACAGGUAUUGCGGGAGCCUACAUUCUUCGCACCCUUGGUGCCGGCGAGUUUGGAUACGAGACCGCAAAGAAGCGUCUCGUCAAAUAUGCACUAGACGCGACUGCGUCACAGACUGUGUUGUUCACCACAGCCGCGGAUGAUGACCUUGAUAAGGCAGACGACCUGGGUCUUGGCCCAGAUCAACAGAAGAACAAGCUCAUGGCACUAACUACGAGAAUUGACCUGGACAGUCGUAUGUCGAUCGGUUGUGCAGGUGCAGUUCUGCAGGAUAUUCAGCGGCGAAGAGCUGCGGAGUAUCUACCCGGCGAUCCAGAUGCUCCAAGCGCAUUCCGUGUGAGACGGCUGGAGAUGUUCACCCUCAAAGACUCCAUGUUCAUCAAUGCAGACACACUUAUUGCCUUGCAGAUCCUUCACUCCCAAUCUCUUCCAAACCCCCAAAUGCAGGGCGCAGACAAAGGGAGUCACGCAGGAGGAGAACCCCUAUCAGUCUAUGGCCUGUUCCACCCCCUAGCAGCAACACCACAGGGUAGGCUUCGUCUUCGUCAGGUUUUUCUUCGACCAAGCAACAAUCUGGACGUGAUACGGGAAAGGCAGCGAACUAUUAAAGUCUUCCGUCACCCCGAGAACAGCGAAUCCAUACAGCAUAUCUCGAGACUUCUAAAGAAGAUCAAGAACAUUCGCACAGCUCUAUUGCAGUUGCACAAAGGUCUAGAUCUGCCUCCGGGGCGAGCGAAUGUCAAGAAAGGUGUAUGGGCUACCUUGCAACGUUUUGCAGCGUAUUCCAUCGAGCUUCGUGAAGCAGUACCGCAGCUCCACGGCUCCGAACAUGUCCAAGUCACUUCUCAACUUAUCCACGCCAUUGACCCUCGAACGAUAACAUCGAUCGGACAGAUGAUUACUCGAACAAUCGAUUUUGAAUCUUCUGAGGCUGGCCAGCGGAUCCAUGUUACAAAAGGGGUCAGUGCUGAGCUCGACCAGUUGAAGCACAGCUACGAUGGUCUCGGCUCUUUUCUCCAAGAGGUUGCUACCCGCCUCACCCAGGACGUUCCUGAAUGGGCACGGCGAUACAUCGACACUUGCCUGUACUAUCCACAGAUGGGAUUUCUCAUUGUGGUCAGCAGGGAUCCUGAGACUGGUGAAGCGGACUAUAAAGGCGAGGGCCUGGAAGAUGAUGCUUGGCAGAGCCUGUUCAACACCCCGACUAAAAUCUACUACAAGAAUAACUAUAUGAGGAUUCUUGACGAUGAAUAUGGAGACUUUUACACCGAGAUCGCGAACAUGGAAAUUAAGAUCGUGCAUCAACUUGGAACUCGGAUACUGCAGCAUGAGGACAUGUUGAUCAAAGCCUCGGAUAUGUGCGGCGAGCUUGACUGCCUCCUGGCUCUGGCUGUUGGUGCGGAAAGGUACAACCUUGUGCCACCGGAGAUGACAGCAUCAAACACUAUCGAUAUACGCGAGGGUCGACACUUGCUCCAAGAACUCGUGUCGCCAACAUUCAUUGCCAACGACUGCAUUCUGGCUGGUAGCCAAGGGGGCAGCGCUGACGAGGGCGAUGCCGUAACGAGCAGCAAUGCCAACGUACCUAGCGUCCUCAUCUUAACCGGGCCAAAUCACUCAGGCAAAAGUGUCUACCUGAAGCAGGUGGCACUGAUCGUCUACAUGGCACAUAUUGGCUGCUUCGUCCCGGCACGACGUGCUGUGAUCGGCUUGACUGACAGGAUCUUGACGCGAAUAGCCACCAGGGAGAGCGCUGCGAGAAAUGAAAGCGCAUUUACGAUCGACCUACGACAGGCUGCGUUCUCGAUCAACUUUGCAAGGCGGCGGAGCCUGAUUCUGGUGGAUGAGUUCGGGAAAGGGACCGACUCUACGAAUGGAGCAGGGCUGCUAACGGCUUUGCUCGACCACUACCUGAGUUUGGGCAACGAAAGGCCAAAGCUGUUGGUCGCAACCCAUUUCCACGAGAUUUUCGAGUCCAACUUGCUCCCGCCUUCACCGAGUGUGGCACUGGCACACAUGGAAGUACAUGUUGACCCGGAGGCCAACAAUAGGCUUGGCCAUGUGACUUAUUUGUACCAGCUGGCCCCAGGCAGGAGCACCUCGAGCUUUGGGAGCAGGUGUGCUGCGAUGAACGGGAUUGAAAGGGCCGUUGUGGAGCGGGCGGACGAGAUCAGUAAGCUCUUGGCCCGGGGAGAAGAUCUCGCGGCGGCUUGUACUAGAACAUCCCGAGCGGAUCAAGAGCUGAUGGAGGAUCUGGAAGAGCUUGCCCAGGACUUCUUUGAGCUGGAUUUGUCGGGGGCAGACUCGCACGGUAGCCUUGGAGCUGAAGAUGGAACUGAAGAGAGGGUGUCUGUUCGAGACAAGUUGCGGCAGAUCUUGGCAGGCGAUGACAGUUCGGAAGACUGA